AAGCUGAUCGACAAAGCUGUUCGUACAAAAUGUCGGAGCCAUCAACACCAAAGGGGAGAAAACGGUCGAGGACGAGUACGCCAAGUCGUUCCACUCGCAGCAGCCGCAAAAGCUCACGAGCUGGGUCACCAGAACCCAUACCAGAAGAACCCACUGCCGUCUCUCCACCAUCACAGCGUCGUCGCAUAGAUGAAGCUUCAUCCCCUCUACCUCUUGCCCCAACCUCACCUUCAGUGGGUCAACCAGAUCAAGACCAUUCACUGUUCUCUUCUCCACAACAAAGAGCUGGAGUGGAGACCAGCGAAAUUGACUUGAGUUCACCGUUGAAUUAUGGGACACCAAGUUCACGACUGGCAGGCACACCAAGAGGAAGCAUAGCUGGAACUCCAAUCAGACAUCGGACUGAUAUAAGAAGUGAUAGAAGAAUGCGUCAAGUCAACAUAGGAGAGCAACCACCAUCUGAUGCCACAGAGCAACCCACAGGUGUCACAAGUGAAUCAGGACAAGCAGCUGCAGCAGCACCAUCUUUGGUUAUCUGGGGCACCGAUGUCGUAGUAAGUGAAACAAAGAGAAAAUUCACCAAGUUCCUUAACGAGUUUGUGGAUGAGAAUGCUGAGGACAUGGGUGAUGGCUUUGAUCCUCUUCUUCCUCUUUACUUGCAAAGAUUGGAUGAGAUCCAUGUACUAGAAACUCCAUUUUUGAACAUCGAUUGUUGUCAGCUGAAGCAAUUUGAUGCUGAUCUGUACAGGCAGCUUGUUUGCUAUCCGCAAGAAGUCAUCCCUACUUUUGACAUGGCAGUCAAUGAAAUCUUUUUUGAGAAAUAUCCAGAUGCUCAGCUUGAACAUCAAAUUCAGGUCAGAACAUGUAAUGUGGACAAGACUAAAAACAUGCGGGCUUUGAAUCCAGAAGAUAUUGAUACUCUAAUCACUAUCAGUGGCAUGGUGACCCGUACUUCACAGAUAAUACCUGAAAUGAGAGAAGCAUUUUUUCAGUGUUAUGUUUGCAAAUCAACUGCUAGAGUUGAAAUAGACAGAGGCAGGAUUGCUGAACCAACUAUAUGCCGUCACUGUAACACCAACCACAGUAUGAUGAUUGUUCAUAAUAGAUCACAGUUCAGUGAUAAACAAAUUGUCAAAUUACAAGAAUCUCCUGAUGACAUGCCUGCAGGCCAGACCCCUCACACCAUCAUGCUUUAUGCUCACAAUGAUCUGGUUGAUGGUGUCCAGCCUGGAGACAGGGUAAUUGUUACUGGCAUCUAUAGAGCCACACCUAUGCGGGUUAAUCCAAGACAACGAAAUGUGAAGGCUGUUUAUAAAACCUACGUUGACGUCAUUCAUUACAAGAAGGCAGAUAAAAAGAAACUGUACUCCAAUGAUCCGGACAGUGCUUUGAUUUUCACACAAGAGAGAAUUGAUCAGCUCAAAGGUCUUUCCAAGCAGCCUGAUAUCUAUGAGAGACUAUCAAGGGCUUUAGCUCCAAGUAUUUAUGAAAAUGAAGACAUCAAAAAAGGAAUAUUGCUGCAACUGUUUGGUGGGACUACUAAAGAUUUUACUUCUACUGGUAGAGGAAAAUUUAGAUCUCAAGUGAAUAUUUUGCUGUGUGGGGAUCCAGGAACCAGCAAGUCUCAGCUCCUUCAAUAUGUACACAACCUUGUUCCCCGUGGUCAGUACACGUCAGGGAAGGGAUCAUCAGCGGUUGGGUUGACAGCUUAUGUGACAAAAGACCCUGAGACAAGACAACUGGUUCUACAAACUGGUGCUUUGGUGCUUAGUGAUAAUGGUAUCUGUUGUAUUGAUGAGUUUGACAAGAUGAGUGAUAGCACAAGAGCAAUUCUUCAUGAAGUUAUGGAACAACAAACUCUGUCAAUUGCCAAGGCAGGCAUCAUUUGCCAGUUGAAUGCCAGGACAUCCAUACUUGCCGCAGCCAAUCCAGUGAAGUCACAGUGGGACCCAAGACUGACAACUGUGGAAAACAUCCAGUUGCCGCACACUCUACUAUCAAGGUUUGACUUAAUCUUCCUGAUGCUUGAUCCUCAAGAUGAGUUUUAUGAUCGUCGUCUAGCCACUCAUCUUGUCUCAUUGUACUACCAGACGCAAGAAGAAGAGGAAGAAGAACACUUGGAUAUGAGUAUUCUGAAGGACUACAUUGGUUAUGCAAGAGCAUGUAUAUCUCCCAAACUUAGUGAAGAAGCUUCACAGAAACUUAUACAAGUAUAUGUUGAGAUGCGUAAGGUUGGCAGUAACCGCGGUGCUAUAUCAGCCUACCCAAGACAGCUGGAAUCCUUGAUCAGGUUAUCAGAAGCACACGCAAGGAUGAGACUGUCAGAUGUGGUUGAAAACGUUGAUGUAGAGGAAGCAAUAAGACUCCAUCGCGAAGCCUUGAAGCAAUCUGCCACAGAUCCAAAGACUGGUUUGAUUGAUGUCAACAUCUUGACUACUGGGCUCAGUGGCUCUGAUCGUAAGAAGCGCAUGGAGCUGGCCAAGUCCCUUAAGGAUAUGAUUCAAACAAAAGGCAAGAUAGCCAGUGUGGACUACCAGAAGACCUUCAGUGAACUUAGAGAGGCAUCAGAUAUGCCUGUUUCAAGAGAACAUUAUGAUGGAGCACUGAAGAUUCUCCAAGAUGAAGAUUUCCUCAUCGUCACUGGAAAAUCAAUUCGUUUGAUGUGAUUGCCAUAGCAACUGGAAAAUCAAUCUGUAUUAUAGCAAAUUGCUUUGGACUUUUUGACUCAAAUAGUAGAACUGUAGUAUUUGUCAUUUGUAACAUUAAAAGUUCAUUAAUAGUGACUGAUGUAAAGAAAGAAAGAAUACUUAAAAGGUGUAUCAUUCAUUAACGUUAACCGAAUGAACGAACAGAAUUGAUACCAAUCUCUCAUGGUUUCUGUCCUCAUAUAGUUGUGUGGUUUUGUACGUCGUUAUUGUAAAGUUCAUAUCAAAUAAAAGCAUUAUGAUUUUUCCUUGAUUA